CCUUUCACGUCGCGAGCGAUUGCGUUUUGCCUUCUGCUAUGCAGGAUUAAACGGCGAGCCCAGAAAUGAGGAAGGUUUUGUGCGUGGAGCCCGUCAUUUUCAUCUACAUGUUUGCGUCGUCCCUGACAAGCCCGCUGGUGCAGCAGUUCAUCUACCGGCGGCUGUGGGAGCAGGAGUACAACUCCACGUUCGUCAGCGACACCAACGCCAGUCACUGCGAGCAGAAUAAAAGUAGCCCGGCGUACAUCAAGCAGAAGGAAGUUCAAGAAAAGGCCUCUGUUUUUAACAUGCAGUUGGACUUAACCGGGGCAGUUCCCAGCCUUAUAGUUGCCUUUGUCAUUGUAGCUAAUGGGGAUCGCCAGGGACGCAAAAGGUCUUUAGUUUUACCAUCAAUGGGAGCUUUGAUUGCUGAUAUUUGCCUCACUGUAAUAUCAUAUUAUUCCUUAUCACUCUCUAUACUAUUUGCGGUGGCAUUUAUUACUGGACUGUUUGGGAGUAUGGCAACUUUCCUUGGAGGAGGCUUUGCUUUUAUAGCAGACGUGUGUCACGAUGAGAAGCAGAAGACAACGCGAAUAGCUGUGGUGGAUUUGAUUUUUGGAGUCGUGUCUGGAUUGGCAGGACUGUCAUCUGGCUACUUUCUAAGAGGAAUAGGCUUUACGUGGACAUUUGUGACAGCUUCUCUCCUUCACGUCGUUAAUAUUACCUAUAUUAUAUUUUUUCUGGAAGAUACAGUAGGCAUAUCUCAAUUCCAGCACGAGGCACCGGUAUCUUGUAAAGAACUUCUUAGAGAGACAUUUUCUGGAGUGUACAUGCUUUUUAAAACUGCCCCUUAUAAAAAGAGAAUUUUAAUCAUUGUGUUACUUUUUACAUUUAUGACUUACUUGUUUACUAUGGUUGGCGGGAGUUCGCUUUUUACGCUGUAUGAACUGGAUGAACCACUCUGCUGGAAUGAAGUAUACAUUGGAUAUGGAGCAGCUGCAUUCACUUCUGUCUCUCUGACCAGUUUUUUAGGAGUUUAUUUAUUUUCUAAAUGUCUCAAAGACAUUUAUAUUGUCUUUAUUGGGAUAUUUUCUUACAUAGGAGGAAUGGUCAUGGCUGCCUUUGCCAAAACUACCCUGCUCAUGUUUUUAGUAAGGGUGCCAUCUUUGCUCUGCUUUAUGCCUAUUCCUGUUCUCCGGUCCAUGCUGUCAAAAGUGGUUCUCACUGGUGAACAGGGUGCUGUGUUUGCCUGUAUUGCCUGUUUAGAAGUUGUGACCGGCACUAUUUCACUUUCAGUUUUUAAUAUUCUCUAUGCAGCUACUGUUGCAUGGUUUUCAGGCUUUAGCUUCCUCUUAUCGGCAGGCCUUUGUCUGAUUCCACUGGCUGUCCUGUGCUGGCUUCUGUGCACGAGCUGGAACGGGGAGGACUUGGCUCUGCUCGUACCUGAAGAAGUAUCCAGCAUAGAGAGCAUUGAUAGUUGAACAAAGGAUUCACCUACCUGGGUUUUCCAAUCUGACAUGCAGUGGCAGAGACCAUUAUGUCAUACAGAGACCAUAGAGAUAACACAACAGUUGCAGACGCAAGCUCAAAGUGGCCCUGCAGCAAUAAGCACUAAAUCGGUAGCACUCUUUAUCCAGUCUCUUUUUAGCACUUGAAUAAAGCUAGCUCUUGUACUUAACUAUGCAAAUAGGCUGGCAGUGGAGAUUUUAAUGCUGCUUUCAGCAUGAAGAAAAAAAGUGAGGUAGGAUGAGACUGUCUUUCCACUUACCCUUUGUCAAGUUCGAGAAUGUCAGCUGUGGGGCGUGAUACACCUUGUGUCGCUGUAAGUGGGGUGACAGAUAAGCUUAUCA